UCCCAUCGUCGUAUGCCCCACUUCCCACUGGAGAGAGAGAGAGAGCGAUCGCUGUUCAAGCGAGGACCACCGCCCCCUAUCUCUUUUAUAAUAUCUCUCCAGAUACGGAGUCCCCUUCUCCAACUUUUUUUUUCCCCUUCUUCUCUUCUCCUCUCCUCUCCUCUCCUCUCCUGUCUCUUUUCCAUCAUCGCUUAUCGUCGUCGUCGUCGUCAGUAGAGGAGAUUGCUUUCAUGGAGUAGCGGAGCCAGAUCCAGAGCCGAAGUCUAGCUAGAAGAAGGAAGAAGCAAUCAAGGACUUUAUUGCAUCUGCUUUCAAUUCUGCUAAUAUAGACUUAAUUGCCCGUGCUGCUAACAAUGAUGGGUGGGCUGUUAAUGGACAGUAUGAUCUUCUCUGGUAGCCAGAAUAACUAUGUGCCGUCUGUUAAUGAGAAGAAUAUCAGUUUUGGUGCCCUCCUUAAUCAGCCUGUUGUUGGUGAUGCCAUUUUAGGCGAGGGAGAUCUAGUGGACCCUCCCUCUGAAAACUUUGCUGAGGCUGGAGAAGAGGAGAGUGACGAUGACAUUGACAUAGAGGAACUGGAGCGGCGUAUGUGGAGGGAUCGGAUGCGGCUUAAGCGUUUGAAAGAACAGCAACAGAACAAGAACAAGGAACAAGGGGCUGACUCGGCUAAGCAGCGCCAGUCCCAGGAGCAGGCUCGGCGGAAGAAGAUGUCUCGUGCCCAGGAUGGGAUCCUGAAGUACAUGCUGAAAAUGAUGGAGGUCUGCAAGGCCCAAGGCUUUGUCUAUGGGAUCAUUCCAGAGAAAGGCAAGCCUGUGAGCGGUGCAUCCGAUAACUUAAGAGGCUGGUGGAAGGAAAAGGUCCGGUUUGAUCGCAACGGGCCUGCUGCAAUCGCCAAGUACCAGGCCGAAAACUCCAUUCCGGGUGCUAAUAAUGAAUUGAACCCUGGGACUGCAAGCCCUCAUUCAUUGCAGGAGCUUCAGGAUACAACACUGGGCUCUCUCCUUUCAGCACUCAUGCAGCACUGCGAUCCACCGCAGCGAAGGUUCCCCCUGGAGAAAGGAGUCGCACCGCCAUGGUGGCCGACUGGGAAAGAGGAGUGGUGGCCUGAGUUGGGCAUCCCUAAAGAUCAAGGUCCACCACCAUACAAGAAACCCCAUGAUCUUAAGAAAGCAUGGAAAGUUAGUGUUCUGACUGCUGUCAUCAAGCACAUGUCGCCCGAUAUCGAAAAGAUUCGCAGGCUGGUGAGACAGUCCAAGUGCCUUCAAGACAAGAUGACUGCCAAAGAGAGUGCCACGUGGCUGGCAGUUGUCAAACAGGAGGAGGAGUUAUACAUAAAGCUCCACCCAGAUGCGCGUCCCCCUCCAUCAUCAGGAAGCGGUGUCACAGGGGCCAUCUCCUUUAACAGCAGCUCCAGCGAGUAUGAUGUUGAAGGUGUUGAUGAUGGCAAGGGCGAGGAGGUGGGGAACCAGAAGGUUGCUGUUGAUGGUAAUGCUUUCAACCUGAUUACUGCUGCAGGGAAUGAGAACUUUGUGGUAUCCGGACCAUUGAAAGAAGAGACCGAUGUAGAAUUCAUCCAGAAGAGAGCUGCUGUUGAGCCUGAAAUGAUGCCGAACCAGCGUGUUUUUACCUGCGAUAACAUGCAGUGCAUGCAUAAUGAUGUCCGUUUCGGAUUUACAGACAGGAAUUCGAGAAACACUCACCAGUACCUCUGCAAAAAUCAGCAGAGUCUUUCUCAAGGUAUCUCAGCAACCACUGGUGGCAUGCAGAUGAACGAGAACAAACCCCCAGUUUUCUUUGUGCCCUUAAAUGCCCAGCCAAAUCCCACUGGUCUUGGAUCAAGUGUCAAUCCUAUCAACAUCUCCGAUCUGGGUAUUCCUGCUGAUGGGCAAAAAACGAUCAAUGAACUGAUGAGCUUCUAUGAGAACACCAUCAAUCCUAACAAGAACCAGGGAGGCAUGACUAUGUUGGAUGGGCAGAAUUCUCUUCAGCAGAAGCUUCAAAUGGAGGAUAACUUCUUUGGACAGGGGACUGGAAUGGGUGGCAAUGUUUUUGAAGAGGUUGGCAACUUAAUGCAGCAGCAGCAGUUCUAUGGCCGCGAAGACAUGAUGCCGGUUGAACAGCAACUUGGGAACCAGCCUGCUGAUAUGGGCGCUGACAUCAAUUUCGGCUCUGGUUUCAACAUGUCAACCAUGGGCUACACUGAUCCAUUGCAGAAAGGGAUGGGAGAGUUGGUGCAGAAGCCCGAGUAUCCGAGCUGGUUUUUCUGAAUGAAAUGGAAGAGACCUUGAUCCAAAUGCACAGGCAUUGGGUCAUGCAGUUAAAAUGGUAAGGUCAUCUCAUGCAGUGGAGUAGAAUUCUGAUGCUGAACAUCCUUAUAAAAAUAUCUGAUUUGGCUUCAGGUGAUCUUCUUCCUGCAUUUAGGUGUAGAUUUUUCUUUUUCUUCUUUGUUUAGUGGAACAAAUAUUUAUAUAUCUGAGAUUGCUUCCUAGGGGUUCCCUGGAGGUUCUCCAAGCGAAGCAUUCAGUCAGACUUGGGUUAAGUAUAUGGGGUUGUAGGGUUUGCAUUAGCUGCGGGGAACUGAUGAAUGGAUGGUUUGUAUGACCCAAUCCCGCAUUGAAAUCUUUAUAGACAUCUGGUGUUUAAACUGGUAUUGGGGUUAGUUAAAAUAUAGUUUUGCUUUUGUUUAUAAUUA